ACGGUCAAUGCCCGAUCGAAGGACGUAUGUGCUUGGGCUUAUAUAUAACUACAGAUUUCCCCCUCUUGCCAUCAACCCUCAAACCAAGCACUACACCAUCAAUCAGCCACACAAGGCAGGCUAAUUAAUCUAGAGGCCGGCGCCGGGCAGCUCAAUUUCUCCAUCUAGUUCUUAGCUUUGUUUGCUGCAGGCCAGCGGCUGGCCAUGAAGGGUUGUCUUGUACUCGUUGGCCUUGUGGUGGCGGUGCUCGUCGGCGGCGGUGUCGGCGCCGAUGCCGGUAGUCGUAAGGCGACACGGCGGCGGUUGGUGCCGGCGGUGUUCGUGCUGGGGGACUCGACGCUGGACGUGGGCAACAACAACCACUUGAAAGGCGAAGACGUGCCCAGGGCCGACAAGCAAUUCUACGGCAUCGACUUCCCCGGCGGCGCCAAGGCCACCGGGCGUUUCAGCAACGGUUACAACAUCGCCGACUUCAUCGCGAAGUAUCUUGGGUUCGAGAGGAGCCCUGUGGCGUACCUGGUGCUGAAAUCGCGAAACUAUCUGAUCCCCAGUGCCAUGGAUAGAGGAGUAAGCUUCGCCUCGGCAGGAGCUGGGAUUCUCGACUCCACUAACGCGGGGAACAACAUCCCGUUGUCGCAACAAGUGCGGUACAUGGCGUCGACCAAGGCCGCCAUGGAGGCCGCCGUGGGUGCCCACAAAGCAUCCGAGAUCCUGGCCGACUCCUUCUUCCUCCUCGGCAUCGGCAGCAACGAUCUUUUCCAGUCGACGCCCAAGACUCCUGCUGACGUCACCGCUCUCUUCACCGUCCUCGUCUCCAACUACACCGCCGCCGUCACGGAUCUGUACGGGAUGGGGGCGAGGAAGAUCGGCAUGAUAAACGUGGGGCCAGUGGGGUGUGUGCCACGUGUCCGCGUGCUCAACACCACCGGGGCAUGCCACGACGGCAUGAACCGCCUCGCCAUGGGCCUCGCCACCGCGAUCAAGUCAGCGGUCGCCAGCCAAGCCCCAAAGCUCCCGGGCCUCUCCUACUCUCUCGCCGACUCCUUCGCCGCCUCACAAGCCACCUUCGCCAACCCGCAGGCAUCCGGGUUUGUGAGCGCAGACAGCGCGUGCUGCGGGAGAGGGAGGCUGGGCGGGGAAGGGGUGUGCAUGCGGAACUCCACGCUGUGCGGGAACAGAGAUGCUUACAUGUUCUUUGACUGGGUCCAUUCCACACAGCGGGCCGCCGAGCUGGCGGCCCAGGCUCUGUUUCAUGAUGGGCCUCCGGCCCAGGUCACCGCGCCCAUCAGCUUCAAGCAGCUGGCCCUGGCCGGAAUGACCUGAGAUCGAUGAUGACGGGCCAGCCCACUGGCAAGGAUUCUCUCUUUUUUUUUCCUUGAACAAAUAGUGAUUCUUUUGUGUUUCGAGACUUGAUCGAGAGGAUGUAAUGUAAUGUUGUACUUCUAGCUUGUGAUGGAUGGGAGUAACAAAUAAGAGUGCGACUGGAGCUAUAUUUGGAGGGCCUUUUUUAUA